GCCGCCCGCGGGCAUGUAGCGCUGCGCCGGCCCGGGGAGCGCAGCGCAGCGCAGCGCAGCGCAGCGGAGCCGCCCCGUGAGGAUGGAGAACAAGGCCAUGUACCUGCACACCUUCGGCGAGCGGGAGAACGGCUCUGUCUUCGAGGAGACCUUCGAGGGCCGGAACCUGUCCAAGCUCAACCUCUGUGAGGACGGUGCCGGUGGCAGGAUGAAGGCGGCCCGGCGCUGCGGGCGGCUGGGCUCCCUGGCAGCACUGAAGUAUGCCGUGGUCGGGCUGUACCUGCUGGUGUUCCUGAUCCUCGUCGGAGUCUUCAUCCUGGCAGUGUCCCGGCCGCAGAGCUCCCCCGAGGACCUGAAGGCGCUCCUGGGCAACGUGAACCGCCUGAACGAGAGCUUCCGGGACCUGCAGCUCAAACUGCUGCAGAUGCCGCUCAAAGGCGACCUCCUGGACCACAUCUGGCGGCUGCAGGACGUGCUGCAGAACCACUCAGACUCCCUCUUCCUGAUGACGGGCUCCUUGCAGAAGCUGGAGGGGCUGCUGUGGAGCUUGCAGAGCCAGGCCAGCCAGACGGACCAGGCUGUGUCUGGCCUCCAGGACAGCCUGAACCAGCAGAGCGACUUGGCCCAGCUGGAGAUGUACAAGCUGUUGGUGGAAGGCAACAGCAGCCGGUUGCUGUUGCAGCACCACGGCAGGCUCCUGACGCACCUGGCCGCGCAGGUGGAGAGCCUGAGCGGGCAGCUGAGCGAGGUGACCCAGGAGGUGGGCACCCUCAACCGCACCUUCGCCUACGACGUGGGCAUCCACCACACCCGCAUCCAGGACCUGCAGGUGCUGAUCAGCAAUGCCACCGAGGACGCCCGGCACAUGCGCCUCGUGCACAUCGCCAUGGAGCGGCAGCUGAAGCACGAGCUGGCCAUCCUCAACAACGUCACCGAGGACCUGCGGCUCAAGGACUGGGAGCACUCCCUCGCCCUCAGGAACAUCUCCAUCCUUCGGGGGCCUCCAGGACCAAAAGGAGACCAAGGCAAUGAAGGGAUGGAGGGUGAGCCCGGUGUUCCUGGCUUGCCUGGACUGAGAGGGAUGCCCGGGGAGAGAGGGCCUUCAGGACCACGUGGCCUCAAAGGCGACCAAGGCGACCUCGGCCCGCCCGGCCUCACCGGGAUGCGGGGACUCAAAGGCGAACGAGGCCAGAAAGGAGAGAAGGGAGACAGAGGCGGUGAGACGGCGGCUGCAGAGGAGCCACCGGUCCGGCUGGUGAAUGGCUCUGGCCCCCACGAGGGGCGGGUGGAGGUGCUCUACGACCGGCGCUGGGGCACCGUGUGUGACGACGGCUGGGACAAGAAGGAUGGUGACGUGGUGUGCCGGAUGCUGGGUUUCCGGGGCGCAGAGGAGGUCCACCGCAUGGCCCGCUUUGGCCAAGGCUUGGGGCGGAUCUGGAUGGACGACGUCGCCUGCAAGGGCACCGAGGACAGCCUCUUCCACUGCAGCUUCUCCAGCUGGGGGAAGACGAACUGCGGCCACGCCGAGGACGCCGGCGUGCGGUGCCUCACGCCGUGACGGGACAGACCGCGCGGCCGCCGCGAGACCGGAGCUCCCAGCCGGGAGGGGACGGUGCCGAGAGGAAGGGACGUGGCCGGGGGGGACCCAUUUGUCGCUUCCCCAGCCGCCUGCUCUAGGACUGCACCUCCAGCCUUCCUUGCAGGGCUUGCCAUAGACUCUGUUUCCUUCCCAAUCCCCUUCGAGUGCUCUGCAGCGAGAGGAGGGGGACGGGCUACCUUCCACCAUGCGGGGCCCGCCUCGCGUUGCCUUUCUCGCUAGCUUCUAGACCAAAGUUAAGGAUGCACAGCCAUGUAUCGCCAUGCACCCCCUUCCCCUUGCCUACCAGCCUGUAACGUAUGUGGGUAUCUCAGCAAGGAGCUGACACCCCAAGCUCACAGGACUUGGCUUGCAAACCAACGCCACGGCUCUCACAGACUUUGCAUCCGGCAAAGACCAAUUAUCAGCUGGCCCAAAAUGGACGUGUCCUACCAUUCAGCUUAGCCAGCCGCAGCCUGCGCUUCCACCACCAUUUUUUAUUAGAGAAAUAAAUGUCUC